UGGAACUUCAACAUUUCAACAUCAGGACAGCUGGGCAACAUCGCGCCGUCCAAACCAUCAUUCAGACCGCGCUGAGAGCUUCGACCGCUCUAUUUCCCACCUCUAGUUUCCUCGCUACCAUCUUCCACCGAACUUCCAAGCAUAACUACCCAAAAUGGCGCUCCUCUUCGGCUUCGGCAACCUCAUCUACACUUGCGUCCUCCUCAUCAACGCCAUCGCCGUCCUGUCCGAAGAUCGCUUCCUCGCACGCAUAGGCUACUCCUCGUCGACGUAUGACCCGGCCUUUGGCGCAGGAGCCGAGGCGCAGAGUAUGAAGGGCAAGGUGGUCAACUUGAUAUCGAGUGUACGGACACUUACGCGAAUUCCGCUAAUAGCGGUUAAUGUGGUAAUCAUACUCUACGAGUUGGUUUUUGGAUGAGGAAGGACGACUUCAUGGGGUCUGGUUUGGCAUUGACGCUUAUGGUGUUUAGGAGAGGGCUGUUGAUUCUGGAGGUGCAUUCAAUCGAACCUUGGCGUUCCGGAUACGGUGGUCUCGCCGGCUUUAUAUUUACGUAGAAGAGUCCCAAGGAUUCCAGGCUGGCAGAGUGCGUAGGAAAAUAUGAAUGUUUGCUAUUAUAAGACGAAUUACGACCAUCAAAUCGGGGCCGACGAACAUGUUCACGAGGGGGCUCAACGGCACAAGUUCAAGAAUGCAUUAAAUCGACCUGCCA